UGAUGCUACUGAAAUCAUGUUUCCCAGUAUGGUUUACCAUAUGUGCUAUUGGAAAUGACUAUUGAUAAAGGUUUUACGGAAACCGUUGGUUUUUAGAACUAUAACAAAUGAAUAAAAUGUACACGCCAAUAAUAUUAAGUAUAUUUAAAUAUAAAAACGAAUGACUGAUAACAAAACACGGAGUUGCCUAGACAGAAGAUCAGUGUUAUAUUAUUAAAUGUUCUUGAAUAACAAACAUUUCCCUUCUCAUGCGGGCGAUAGCAUCGUCAGAUAGGAUUACGCCUCUUGACUUGUAUCGUUCGAGAGUAUACAGCUCACUAGUAGUUGGUGUUAUCGAGAACUUGGGAAAUCCAAGGUUAUUUUGCUCGAAUUACAUUCUUGAAAAUAUUAAUACACAGUGAAUGUUGGGAGAAUAGUGUUACGUUACCAAAUGUUUUCUAAAGAAAAUGAAUUUAUUUUGAUGAAAGAUUUUAAAUCGCGAUAGUUUUUCUAUUAAAAUGAUACAACAACGCACUCAUAUGCAAGGUGUAUUUCACUGAAGUCGAUGAUUAAAUGUCAUGGAUACAUGCGCUUUGAAGCAAACACAUUGCCGCUAUUGAAAGUUUGCAAGAGCUACAUGGAGGUGAUUGAAAAGUUUCGCUUGCUAUGAAGUGACAGUUAUAUUGUGUACAUCUCUGAGCAGUGGAGAAAUUGUGAACAGCGUGGAAUUACGUAAAUAAGUGUCGUCUUCUGUGAAGUGUCUGAGAUGUAUGCGGACUGCAAAGCUGAUAGAUCGUCUGCACUUUGAACUUCUGCCAUGAGAUCUCAGCAGCAUAUCCUGAUUGUACUGUUACUCGGCAUGGGUGCUGUACAGUGUUCAGAGAGCAUUGACAGUGUUCAUAAUGGAACUAGUGGCCUUCAAAGUCUGGAGAAGGCGCUGUAUUACCGCCUUUUGACGGGGUAUAAUCCCGUCUCCCGUCCCGUCCCUCGGGGAUCAGACCGGGUAGAAGUAUCCUUCAGCAUCAGUCUCAAUCAGAUCAUAAAUCUGGACGGAAAGAGACAAAUCCUGACGACGUACAUGUGGAUUUAUGAGAAAUGGAAAGACUCACACCUCACUUGGGAACCUCGUGAUUUCGACGGACUGGACCUGAUCAUGGUUCCAGCAACAUCCAUUUGGCUGCCGGACAUUUAUAUCUUUAAUAUAGCGGGCUCUUAUAAAGACGGAUUCGUCAAUGUCACCGGAAGUAAAGUGCUCGUUCAGCCAGAUGGUAACGUGACUUGGGCGGUUCCACUCCAUAUCAACAGCUAUUGUUCCGUUGACGCCACGUUUUUCCCAUACGAUAAACAAAUGUGCGAUAUCCAUUUCGGUUCAUGGAUCUAUGACAUUUCGCAACUGGAAAUCAGAACAUACACAGAGUCUGUCGAUCUCACGAGAUUCAUCGUAAAUUCGGAGUUCGAUCUAACUAAAGCCGAAAUGAGACAAACCGUCGAGCAUGCGGGCUGUUUCCCUGGAGACGGGAAACAUUCUAUGGUGCAUCUGAACCUGUUGUUGAGGCGUAAAACCAAUUACUACGAUUAUAUAGUCAUCGCUCCGACCAUAAAUCUGUGUGUGCUGACACUUGCCACGUUCUUGCUGCCAUGUGAGUGUGGGUGGAAAAUUGCAAUUGGUCUAACAGUGUUCCUUACUCUCUACGUUCUACAACUCCUAAUUGCAGAGAAUGUGCCGGACACGAAUUCGACCCCUUUGAUAAGUGUUUUCCUUCUUGUUGUCAUGUCGUUAAAUUGCAUUUCACUCAUUAUGGCAACGAUAAUCAUGAAUGUCAAGCGCAGAGGGUUGAAAGAUCCUCCACCACCAGUCCCAAAAAUGCUGCUACAUAUCUGUGAAAGCUGCUUGAGCAAAUUAAUCUGCAACUAUCUUUCCAACUGGAAACGAAUAGCCGCCAUAGAUAGAGUUGGUGAAGAAAGCGUCACAAUCUUUCCGCCAGACGACGAUUACGACGCUGAGGUCUACAGUUAUGAUGCAUGUCAAUACGUCGAGCUUCAAGACAUCACGCCCGAUGCUUCGAACGAUUCUAGUGUUGUACAUUCAACGUGCAAUGAUGACGUUACGACGUUAAAUGAAGAAUUAUCAAGAACUCAGACCUCCGAAUCCUCAUGUUUAUUAAAUAGUUUUGAUAGCCAAUGCCCAGGUGGAAGUAGAAGUGUGGAACCUUUGUUACAACCAGAUUUGAAUCAGAAUCCGUACCACAAAGGGCAUGAUAAUUGCAAAUAUAAUUGCGAGGAAUACAGUGAUCUUUUGAUUGCACCUUUAGCUAGUAUUUGUUUACGUCCUGAUUACAUGUGCCGACAAAGACCAAAGCAAAGAUUGUCAUACAGACGGGCUAUAAAGUCCGGACACACUCUGGUCCGGGAACAAAACGGAAUUGGCCAUAACAACGAUUCUGUGAUCGAAAAUAUAAGCUUGAAGUACCAGUGGUUCUUUAUUGCUGAUGUAAUUGAUACGUUUGCAUUCUUUAUAUAUUUAAUUGUGAUGCUUGUUAGUAUAUUUUCUGUUUUGGUUAUCAUUCCUUUGUUCGUAUGAAUAUAUGCUAUACCAUAUUCCAGUCUGCUUCUGUAUAUAAUUGUCAGUACUCCAAAUGUGUGUCUUAGUAAAUACUUUCGAUUAAUGAACAUGGUUGUGUUUAAUUUGUUUAUAAUGUAAUUGAAUGAACGUUUAUUGUAUCUUAUUUAAUGGGGAAGUAAUGCUACAAGAUGUGUCAUUACGUAAUUAGGUGUUAACAUGCGUUAAAGCCGCGUUUGUGUAAGAACAUGAAGUGGGCUAUCAACGAAUUUGUGUUUUUACUCAGUAAAACCUUCAAAAGUAAUUUUUUACUUAAAAAUAACAUGCUAGAUGUGCACAAUCGUAGUUUGCACUCCUAAGGUAUAUUUUAGGUGCGCACGCGUGAUUUACAUUACACAAACAAUAGCAAUACGAUGUUAAUGUUUAUUUGCAUUUGUUCACGUUUGCAAUAGUAUAUUGUAUAAAGCAACAAUACCCCUUUUCUGUCCAAAUUGUUCAAUAAAAAUAAACCCAGAACCGUAAAUUACCAAUAUUCAGAUUGCUUUGUUAAUUUUACACAAACCAUAGUAAACUUUUUAAAGUCAAUAUAAUGUAAAGAUAUGUCAAUAUAUGUACAUCAUCUUUCUUUGAGCAGUAUGUAUCUUCUAAACUACCAAUUGUUUAACUUAUUGACUUCGCUGAUGAUUGGGGAGGGUGUGCAAACAUUUGUCCCAAACAUCUCUUGUUUCGUCGUCAUAGAAUUUACUUAUGCAUAAGAAUAAAAUAAUUCGCAUUUACUAUUAUGACACAUGUAAAAUCCUUUCAAAAUCAGACAUCGUUAUUAUUGAAUAAACUAUCAUUGGUGGAAAGUAUGAGCGUUAUUGAUACCGACACGAUUUGCAAGAAUUCUUCAUGCUGAUAGGUUCGCAUUUUAACGAUUUUGAUGUUAAUGUCUAUAGCUAAAAUAUCUUUAUUAAACAUCAAACAACUGAUAUUGUUCAAAACAACUGUUUGAUAUAAUUAAAGUAACGCGUGUGAUCAAUCACGCUUUACAAAUAAAAUAAUAACAUGAACAUUCUUAAUAAUUUUUUCUUGACAAAUAGCUUUGAAUAAAAAUGUAUUAUAUAAGACAUUAAUUGAUAUGAUACCCACACUCUAUAGUAUCAACACAAACCAAUUUAAAAUAUACCAUGCCUUUAAUAUGAUAUAGAUUAUUUAAAAAAACACGUAAUAAUACCAAAAAAUCAUAUACUUAUAUUCAUCGUUUUUUAUUAAUUAUCUAUUACGAACUAUAAUGUUAUUUGAUUAAAAGAAUCGUUCAUUA